UCGAAAAUUCAUGUUUAACAUGAAAACCUGAAAAUAUGCAAUGAUAUUUGGAAAUUCAAGUCGCACAUGAAAUUACUCAAAAUUUCAUGAUGAAUCAGAAAAUUUAAGUAGCAUUGACCUAAGUUGUAGUUUAAGGGAUUUUGUUUCAAUCUGCCAAUUCAGGACAAAUUUGUAUUAAUGAAUGUACCUAGUCUAAUCUUAAAAAGUGAUAGUAGAGUAGACGACCAUAUCUACUUGGUUUUAAGGAAUUCCAAAUUUCUUUAUAUUCCAGUGAAAAGCCAGUUAAAUUUCACGUAGAAAACAUGUAUUAGACUUGAAAAUAUAUUUCUCUUGUGACAAUGAAAAAUUGGUCACGAAAAAGAAAUCUGCAUCAAAAAUACUCACGGAACUAAUUGACAAAGUGUAUCAUUCCCGGGUCAGAAAUUUUUUUGUGAUCCUGCCGCAUAUAUGGGGCUAAGAACAAAGCUUUUCCUCGACUUUAAUCAAUAUUUGGUGGUGUUAUCGAUUUGGGUUCGAAAAUGCGAGGUCAAAUCUAAAAUGGAAAUGAAGUCAGAAAUAGAUUUCUUCGGCCAGUUUUGCACGAAUUUCGCUGUAUUUAUUUAUGUAGAGCCUUGCACAAAGGUCGGCGGGUUUCCACCCAAUAUGGACUGACUGAGGGUGUGUUCCAUCUUCACUAUGACGUUAAUCAAAUAUUUUUUAAAACUAUCUCCUCUCCAUAAUCGAGGAAAUUGGGCGGUUUUUGACCAAUUCCGCCGAUUCCCGCCAAAACCAUGAGUGCAACCCGAUAAGGUAACAUUCGACCCCCAUUUCGUAAUCAAUCCUAAGAAUAUUUAACAUAGAUUCUACUUUCUUUUUUGUGGAAAUAUGGUUCCAUCUUAAAGAAAUUCCCAUCGGUAAACGGGUUGUUGUGUUUUUAUUUUUUACCGUACCGCUAGGAGAGGAAGAUCGACUUAAUGACCUUAGCUUGGGUCUGGGAAAUCUGUAGCGCGUGACGCUUUCUACUCUAAAAGGCCUCCAUUUUAAGGUUAUUUUUCAGUGCUCAUUUGAUUCCUAAAGUUGAAAGGUCAUUUAUAUGGACAAAGUCUUCAGCGUGAAAGGUAGAUUUUGUGCUAUUCUGGCGUUCAAAGCUUCGGACAUCACUGUAGUCCUCCUUGACCUUGGACCACCGGAACCUUUAUAUCAUAGUUAGACCCUGUCUCUAGGGUUACUUUAAUAGUUUGGGCAACCAGAUCGUAGUUGUCCUUGAGUUGCUACACUACAUCUAACAUUGUGAAUUUUUCGUCUCUGAAAAACCUGGAAAAACAUUGCCGCGCGCGUGUGGUAAAGCUCCUCCAUCUUUUGACCUAUGGAGGCCAGGUAAAAGAGGUUCAUAACAGUGAUAGCAACUGAAUGUAUGUACAAACUGCAACUUACAUCUUAAUUUUAUGCUGACCGGUUCAAAAACUACGCUCUACUAUCACUUCUUAUGGGAAGACUAGGUAUAUAAAUUAGCGUGCAUUUAAGCAAUUGCUAACUUAUGCACAUUCAUUAAUACAAAUUUGUCCUGAAUUAUGAAUAUACACGUCUUGCAUACUCGCGUUUUGUUAACUCUGCUACACAUAUAAUUUGCCUUCAUAUGCAAUUAAUGUUGUUUGUCAUAUAUGUGCAGACCAGGCAUGUCAGAUAAAAUAACUGGGGGGUAAAAAAUAUGUUUGUGACUCAACGCCGCAAAACGGAUAUGUACAAUCUCCAUCCUCUUGCAGGACAGGGUUUAUAUCGUGUUUGUAUGUAUGUAUCUAUUCAAGAAGGUGCCCAUCUCAACACAUAAUAACGUUUUAUUAUAGGAAUGUAUGUAUCCUUAGCUGGGAAAUAUUACGUCUGACUCAAGUAUUUUUGUCAAAUUUCUCAAAAAAUAAACCACAAGUCUUGUUACAAGAUUUUUAGAUUUAUCUAUGUGCAUACGUAUGUAAUACAUACUAUGUAUAAUCCCAUAUUAUCCUCAUACAUUUGUAAAAAAAUAUAUGGAUAUAUAUAUGUACGUGUUAAAUUUGUAGGCAUCAAGCAGAUAAGUACUUAUCAGGCCUGCACGUGGAGAUACGUGAACAUGACGCAUAUUCCAGUCUGCUGUUGAAACGAGAUACAUAAAACGGGAUUACAAAAAUGGAACCAGGUGCAAGCAUGGGCUUAAUGGAAUCAAUUUUUUGGAAUGAUUUGUUGCUGGAAAAAAUAUUCUCUUCAAUGGAUCUGGAAACGAUUAAAAUAGUUCGUCUCGUUAACACACAAUGGGAAAGAGAAGCGAGGCCAAGAUUCGCCGAGAUUAGUGUGGUGUUAGUCCACCUUAAACACCACGCUGAUCGUGACGCUGUUCAAGUACAGUUGGACCUUAACAAGCAGCCUUUUCAUACUCUUGCAUUAAAUGAAGAUAUCAAACUAGCACUGAAUGAUCAACUAGCAUCUUUUCGAAAUUUCAAGUUGCAGUUUUCACUUUCUAGGGACACCAUAAGGAAUACUGAGAUGCUGCAAGAAGCGUAUUUUUAUCUGAACCAACUUAUUCAACACCUAUGGCGUCCGAAUGCAUCACUAAUUCAUUCCUUGUCGAUUCUAUUGACGAUUAAGUUUACAAAGAAAUUAAGCGAUCUGUUAACCUCAAUUAUUUCGGGGUGUAAUGCAUUUUCGCAUGUGGAAAUUGAUCCAAAAGGAUACGUGUGCACUGUCGACACCUCGCACCUGCCAAAGAUGUCGUGUCACACGUUGCGAAUUAGCCAUACUAAAUCCAGCUUCGAGGAUUUGACCCGCUUUUUUUCCAAUUUGGUCAACACGAAAAAAAUUGUUUUUGAUGACCCUUGGCUAGGCAAUUUGGACACUGUUGUUCGAGCCAUUGUUGAAAAUGGGGAACAAUUUGAAAACCUGGAGGAAAUUGACAUAAAAAUUAUGACGGAGCUUAAGCAAAUCCGAGCCCUCACAGAAAUGUGGGGGUUAAGAAGAUUGCGAGUACGAAGUGAGGAUGAGAAAGCAUCAGGAAAUGCGAUGACAGCUUUGGAAGAAUGCGUUACCAUACAUGCCACAACUUUAGAAUUUUUGCAUUUGGAUUUUGGUAAAACAGACGGCAUAACAGAUUUAUGUAGAUUUCAGACUUUAGAGUUCCCUAAAUUACAACGAUUUUACUUGAAAACAAAUAUCACUUUUGGAAUUGCGCUAGCAUGUAGCGUUGACAUUUUGGGCCUCAAGGAAUCGAUAAAGAAUGGAACCUUACGCAAGAGAUUUCCUUCCCUGAAAAGAGUUGAAGUUGUGGGACCAUACGAAACGGAUUUUCCUUGCUUGAUUCCCGUGAACAUUUCAGACUUAUUACCUAAAUAUGGCAUUCACGUUAGCGGAAAAUUACUGUCAUUCGGUGGAGUAACAGAUUUAUGAAGCCAAAUCGUAAUGAAGUAAAGUUGUAACUAUGUAUGUAGGUAAGCAAAUAGAAAGCAUCGUGUUAGUAUAUUUCUGGCCACCAACAACGUAACGUAACCUAAUAUUUAACAAUAAUUGUACACAAGCUAAUCUAUCGUCAAUUUCAUUAUCAUAUAAUUUAUUUGAUUAUACUGACAUUUGCUUCCAUACCUACAAGAAAUUACUUCAAAUUACAUGCGUUCGAAAGUACAUAUUUACGACAGUUAAACGUAUUAAUAUUUAUUUACUAUUGGCAAGUAUCUAUAUAUGCGUCCAUGUACAAUUUAUCCAUGAACGUGUUUUGCGAAAUAGUUAACUAACAAUGGAACCUUUUUUCAAGCUACACGAGAUAAGCUUAGUGACCUAUGCUAAAAAAUCAAGCUAAAAAUUAGAAAUGACGUGG